GGAUAAGAUGGCGGCGCCCGGGGUCCUGUGGCGCGGCACUAGGCGGGGUCGGACAUCCCUGCGCGAAAGAACCGCCCCCAACAGCAACACCAGCACCGCUUAGUAUAGCACCCCAGGCCCCACCCGGGAAGGCAGCCGCACCAUGGAUUCUUCCAAUUCAUCUGACUGUUAUUUCUCCAUCGGUUCCACUAGUUCCAGCUCUGUCGUCCUCCUCUAUUCCAAGGAUCUCAAAAAGCGGGAUGAGUUUGAAGAUAUUUUAGAAGAGAGAAGACAUGUCAGUGACUUGAAAUUUGCCAUGAAAUGCUAUACACCUCUCGUCUAUAAGGGAAUUACUCCAUGUAAGCCAAUUGAUAUUAAAUGUAGUGUUCUCAAUUCUGAAGAGAUUCAUUAUGUCAUUAAGCAGCUUUCCAAGGAAUCCCUUCAGUCAGUUGAUGUCCUCCGAGAGGAAGUUAAUGAGAUCUUGGAUGAAAUGAGUCACAAACUGCGUCUGGGAGCCAUUCGCUUUUUUGCCUUUGCCCUCAGUAAAAUAUUUAAACAAAUUUUCUCGAAGGUGUGUGUAAAUGAGGAAGGUAUUCAGAAACUACAACGAGCCAUCCAGGAGCACCCUGUUGUCCUGCUGCCCAGUCACCGAAGUUACAUUGACUUCCUGAUGCUGUCUUUUCUUUUAUACAACUAUGACUUACCUGUGCCAGUUAUAGCAGCAGGAAUGGACUUCCUGGGAAUGAAAGUGAUUGGUGAGCUGCUACGAAUGUCGGGUGCCUUUUUCAUGCGGCGUACCUUUGGUGGCAAUAAACUCUACUGGGCUGUAUUCUCUGAAUAUGUAAAAACUAUGCUACGGAAUGGUUAUGCUCCUGUUGAAUUUUUCCUCGAAGGGACAAGAAGCCGCUCUGCCAAGACAUUGACUCCUAAAUUUGGUCUUCUGAAUAUUGUAAUGGAGCCAUUUUUUAAAAGAGAAGUUUUUGAUACCUACCUUGUUCCAAUUAGCAUCAGUUAUGAUAAGAUACUGGAAGAAAGUCUUUAUGUAUAUGAGCUUCUAGGGGUUCCUAAGCCAAAAGAAUCUACAAGUGGACUGUUGAAAGCCAGAAGGAUUCUUUCUGAAAAUUUUGGAAGCAUCCAUGUGUACUUUGGAGACCCUGUGUCACUUCGAUCUCUGGCAGCUGGGAGGAUGAAUCGGAGCCCGUAUAACUUGGUUCCAAGAUACAUUCCUCAGAAGCAGUCCGCGGACAUGCAUGCCUUUGUCACUGAAGUUGCCUACAAAAUGCAGCUUCUGCAAAUUGAAAACCUAGUUCUGAGCCCCUGGUCCCUAACAGUUGCUGUUCUACUUCAGAACCAGCCAUCCAUGGACUUUGAUGCUCUGGUGGAAAAGACGUUAUGGCUGAAAGGCUUAGCCCAGGUGUUCGGAGGGUUUCUUGUUUGGCCCGACAACGAACCUGCUGAAGAAGUGGUCCAGUCCAGCAUUCUUCUGCAUUCCAACAUUGCCACUCUUGUCAGAGACCAGGUGAUUCUGAAAGUGGAUGCCGGAGACUCAGAAGUGGUUGAUGGACUUAUUUUCCAGCACGUCACUCUCCUUAUGUGCUCCGCUUAUAGGAACCAGCUGCUCAACAUUUUUGUCCGUCCGUCCUUAGUAGCUAUAGCAUUGCAGAUGACACCUGGGUUCAGGAAAGAGGACAUCUACAGUUGCUUCAGUUUCCUACAUGAUGUUUUUUCAGAUGAGUUCAUCUUCCUUCCAGGAAACAUUUUAAAGGACUUUGAAGAAGGCUGUUACCUGCUUUGUAAAAGCGAGACCAUACAAGUGACUACGAGGGAUAUCCUAGUUACAGAGAAAGGAAAUACUGUGUUGGAAUUUUUAAUAGGACUCUUUAAGCCUUUUGUGGAAUGUUAUCAGAUAAUUUGCAAAUACCUCUUGAGUGAAGAAGAGGACUACUUCAGUGAGAAACAGUACUUGGCUGCAGUCAGAAAAUUCACAAGUCAGCUUCUUGAUCAAGGUGCCUCUCAGUGUUAUGAUGUAUUAUCUUCUGAUGUGCAGAAAAAUGCCUUAGCAGCUUUUGUGAGGCUUGGUGUGGUGCGGAAGAAGAAGGUAAAUAAUGAAUGUAUAUUUAAUGUGAAUGAACCUGCCAUAACCAAAUUAGAAGAAAUGCUUGGUGGUAAGAUGCCAAUAGGAAAACUGGCCACUGCAAAACUUUAAUAAUUACCAACUAGUUAAUGGAAAAUUUGGUCAUGUAAUUGCUGGCAAAGGACUCUUACUACAACAAACAGGGAAGCAGAGGAAGACACACAUCUUCUUGUUCUUCACGAGGCUUUGAGGGCAGUGGACUUAGCAGAGGAAGAAGAUCGUUGUAAACAGUCCAUGUGAUCUUCCCCACCACAGUGGUCAAAAGGCAUUUGUAUACAAUGCUGUGUACUUUAAAAGACAAAAAUCUUUUGGAAACAUGUUUGGA